AUGUCGGUUAAAACAACAGUCCACGAAUCCCUCCCAUACAUCGACCGCGAACCCACACCCGCUCAGCGCGCCGCAGCGCAAUCUCUCAUCGACGCUGACCUAUCCUCUACCACCUCCUCAGAACCAGCCGUGCCCCAUCCUUCUCUUCCCGCCGCCUACACACCAGCCUUCACUCCCCUGCUAACCCAAGAACUCACCCGCGCCGCCACAGGCGAACCCCUAAAAGCCAUCGACCUACACCGCUACGAGACCCUCGAACUCCCCUCCUCUUCUUCCUCAUCAUCAUCACCCUCCCUUCCCGAGCUCCAAUCCCUCCUCGCAAAAGCCUACACCCAAAACACGUACCUGCGCUCGCGAUACACUCACCUGAGCCUGCUGGACAGCUUCGGCAAGAAUGCCUGGCUCGUAGGCAACUGGCAGACGGAGAUGGAGCUACAGAUGCUCGAAAAGGAGCUUGCUGACGCGAAGCGCGAUAUUGAUUUGGUCAAUAUUGGGCGGAAGCGGAUGCAGGAGGAGCAUGGGGAGGAGCUUAAGGGGUUGGAGGAGACGUGGAAGAGGGGCGUGGGGCGGGUGUUGGAGACGGAGGUCGCGGCGCAGCAGUUAAGGGGAGAGAUCUUGGAGAAGAGGAGGUCGGGAUAUUCUUGA